AUGGAAGAAAUACUUAUUCUUCGUAUAUACAAAGCUAUCGUUGGAAUUCUAGGGAUUCUUGGCAAUACUCUGGUAUGCUUUAUCAUCUGGAAAGUAGCAGCCAUGCAGACUCGUACAAAUGCAUUCAUCUUUCAUCAAGCAGUGAUUGAUUUCUUAGGAGCUGCAGUGACGUUGCUUAAGAGUGAGAUCCCUUUACCUGUGCCGCUUCCUAACAACGAACUCGGUUGGUUCCUAUGUCAUGUUUGGGUCUCUAACUUUGCUCUAUUUCUCUUUUUCGUGAUGUCAUCUUUCAACCUGUUGGUGUUGACCAUGGAGCGGUAUUUCGCCAUCGUUUACCCCUUCAAGUACCAUGCAGCAUUCGCAACAAGGGCACGACUGAAGAUUGCUGUAGCCAUGAUACUGUGCUGGCUUUUAGCUGCAGCUAUUAAGAGCUAUCUCAUGUUGAUCUUUGAGCAGCAAAAUGGUACGUGUGUUUCCAUACCCGGAUCCAAGGCAAUAGGUGUUUUAACAGCAACCGUGCAAUACAUCUUGCCUGUCGGUGUGAUGCUCUUUGCCUACAUUCGCAUCAGCGUGGAGAUGAAGCGGGGAGCAGCCCGUGUCGGCCCGGCACCAGCCCAGCAUCUUCCCGGUGGAGCAAACGCACCGGACAUGGCCGAGUCCCUCCUCCGUGCAAGACGUAACACCUUCAAGAUGCUCUUGAUCGUCUUUAUCACGUUCUUGAUCUGCUGGACACCUAACCAGGUCAUCUUUCUCAUGUUUAAUCUUGGUUGGAAGCUUGAAUUCAACGAGUGGUAUUACCUCCUGUCUGUCGCGAUGGUGGCAACUAAUUCAUGCGUUAAUCCACUGAUUUACGCCUUCAAGUAUAGUCAGUUUCGAAAAGGUGUGCGGAGUGUAUUUGGAUGCCGGCGUGGACGAGAUGCUCCGGGCGCUAAGUUGGCGCCCGGACAUUUUGAGACUGGGGACCAUCAAGAUCUGAUCGUUACAGAGUUGGCACCCGAACAUUUUGUGACAAUGGCUGAAGAAGUACUCCCUCUUCGUAUCUAUCAGACCAUUGUAGGAAUUCUAGGCAUCCUUGGCAAUGCACUGGUAUGUUUUGUGAUCUGGAAAGUGCCAGCUAUGAGGACUCGUACAAAUGCAUUCAUCUUUCACCAAGCAGUCAUUGAUUUAUUAGGAGCUACGAUGAUCGUUCUGAAAAGUGAAGUUCCCAAUCCGAACAUUGAAGAAAACAAGGUAUUGGGUUGGCUCUUCUGCCAUUUAUGGUUCUCAAACCUUGUGCUGUUUUAUUUCUUCGUUUUGUCGACGUUCAACCUGUUACUGUUGACCAUGGAGAGGUAUUUCGCUAUCGUUUAUCCCUUCAAGUACCAGGCAGCAUUUUACACUUGGCCGCGACUGAAGGUGUGCAUGUCUUUCGUGUUGUGUUGGGUCUUUUCAGGAGUUCUCAAAUUCUACAAUAUGCUUAUCUUCAAGGCGGUGGGUGGCAAAUGCACCCCGAAUCUGAUCCCAGGAUCCAAGAUUAUCGGCGUUCUGACGGCGAUCCUGCAAUACAUCUUGCCCGUAGCAGUGAUGCUCUUUGCCUACAUUCGCAUCAGCGUGGAGAUGAAGCGGGGAGCAGCCCGUGUCGGCCCGGCACCAGCCCAGCAUAUUUCCGGUGGAGCAAACGCACCGGACAUGGCCGAGUCCCUCCUCCGGGCAAGACGUAACACCUUCAAGAUGCUCCUGAUCGUCUUCAUAACAUUCUUGAUCUGCUGGACGCCCAACCAGAUCAUCUUUCUCAUGUUUAACCUUGGUUGGAAUCUGCAAUACAACGAAUGGUAUUAUUAUCUUUCCAUAGCGAUGGUAGCCACCAAUUCUUGUGCGAAUCCUACCAUUUACGCAUUUAAAUACCGUCAGUUUCGUAAAGGAUUGCGACAGAUCUUUUGCAAGCAGAGUGGACCAACAAAAGAAAGUAGUUUUCAAACCGUCACUACUGGGUGA